AUGCAAAGCGUCGCGUUCUUCUCAGAGCACGCGACGUGGUCUGCAGGAACACACGGGCGUAUCUCAGCUCUGCACGCGUUCAGAGAUGCGCUUUUACAGGAGCAAAAGGCUCCCCCCAGUGAUUGGUCUCUUGUUGAUGCUCUAUUGGGAAACUCUGAUGCGCUGGAUUACGCAUUCCCCGAAACGCUCGAGCUGGAUGAUUACACCCAUCUGAUUGCUCAGCUAGAACUAUGUAACGCGGUUUUGGACUCUAUUAGGCACUUUGCACAGACAAAGCUGAUAAUCGCCAAAAUUGAAAAGAUGCAGUGGGUAGGGCCUCUUUGGAAGCCAAUAGAAAAAGAGAUGGAGGCUUACAAGGUUAUUUUUCCUCCCAUCACUCUUGUUGUUCAGAUGAUUACCAAGCUGUUCAAGCUAUAUCCGUCCAUGAGUAUUCACGCGCUUGUGUCCUUGGUUCCACCGGGCAGCAUGCUUCUCCCACGCCUGGCCGACUGUCCGUCUCCUGUGUAUACCCGCGUCUCCAUUGGGAACUUAAAUCAGUUCAAGAGUGCCGAUCACGUGGUCCUGAGAGGACAUAAGGAUGACGUUGUCCGCGUUUAUUCCAGGGACGAUAUAUUUAAGGGCCCCAAGUUUAGAGUGAUUUCGUUCAUUGGCAAUCUCUUCUCCUAUUGUAAUCCUCUCUUCAUCCAACGCGUCAUAUCUGUAUACAACUUGAAAACGGUUGUCUUGCUCGUUCAGAAAUCCCUCCACUGCAUGCCAACUGAAGCGCAAAAUGAACUCGCCUACGCGCUUCUGGCCAUUAUGAAGCGCGUCAAGCUCAUCAGUGUGUUAGAUUACUACAGUAUGCUUCAGGGAGCUAAUGCGGACAAGGGAGUUGUUCUGGAGUUGGGGCCUCUUCCAGUUCAACAGCUCGUAUCGGUACUCAAGUUGGGAACUGACUCGUUUUAUUGCAAAUCACCUCUAAUGGCCAGAGCCAUCCAAACGUAUUUUGAUUUUGUUCGACCAAUAAUCGCUAACGCGUCACCUACAGAGCGACAGUUGCAAAUCGAAACUCGUGGCGGCACCAAUGAGCAGUUCAUUUUAGAGCCUCGGAAAGCCACUAUGUAUGAUGCGCUGGUCGUUAAUGGAUACUCAUUUGAUGACGGCUCAGGCACAUAUAGCUCGGAGGGUCCGUCUGUGGAGCUCUCCUCUUGGAUUCAUCGGACCUCGCGAUCUUCUGCGAUUAAGAUACUCGAAAUGCUGUGCUCUAUACUGAACUCUAUUUUCUCAUCAACCGAUUUUGCUAAGGCGACUCAUCUCGUCAAACUAUUUCAAUUCAUUUCACAAACCAAUCCCAGUUCCAUCAAGCAUGUCGCAAAGCUGCCAUUCUUUGCUAAAAAUAGCAGAGACAUUGUUGGCUCUGAAGAUUUCACCACGAUUAGUACGUACCUUCAACUUCUGCGUAUACUUAUAGCGUCGCUAAGGGACCCUUUAGACUCCAACUCAGUUAGCAAUACGCUUGACUUAUCGGGCGGUGGCGUCCACAGCAACCACUUCUUCCCACAGAAUUCUAAGUUUGAUCUUUCCCUUUGCCUCAGACACGCACGAAUAGACAACAACUCGAAUGUUCACAAGGAAGUGGAUAUCUUGAACACGUCGCAGAUGCAGAUGCAGGAGGUAGCAGAGUAUCAGAGGAAGCUCUCUGAAGAUCUUCAAGUCCUUGUCCCCGCUGUUCUACGGCCAGAUAACGACCGGAUAUUGCUUCAGUCUCCUAGCGACCGUUAUCCAGAGCACAUCCUGGCCGUUAGCACGGGUGGUGGCUUCUUCAGCUUCUCGUAUACCUUCUUUGCCACGCGGCCAACACGGAUGUAUUCAGCUGCGGACGGGUUUUACACGUUUAUGCUCCAGGGACUCGAUAAGAUCAAAAAGAUUCUCUCUGCUGGCUCUGAACGCACCAAGUAUGAUUCUUUUGGCAAGUACAUAAGCCUUUCGGUGCCAGGGGAGCAUGUCCCCAAGCUUCUGAUAAAAUACUUUCCUAGUUCCUUCGAUUUGUUGUUCCACGGGUUAUGCGACUCACCUCUAGCAAUGCAGUUUCUCUCCCUUGGAUUAAUUCUAGAGACGUAUACGGCUGUGAUAAAGAGAUGCAUGCUUCACCGGCCGGACCAGGCCCUCUUCUCCGCUGUUCGUCGUCUGCUGCCUUCCAUUUCGAGCAUUCGGGGGCAAGUGGAGAGGAUUAUUACUUAUACCGAGAAGGUGUGCCUUGAUGCGGGAAAGGAUGCGGAUGAGGUUGCAGAACGGCUGGGCGUCAUCGGCCUAUAUCUCUACACGUGCUUCAGUAACAUGGCGCUUCUUUACAACUGCACUUUUGGACCUCUAAGUCUCUAUAGCCUCAAUGAUGGAAAGUGGAUACCGAAGGAUAUGGCGACCACUGACGGUUACGUCGACCUCAGCAUAUUGAGGGCAGACCUUAUCGCUCAGCGGAAGCUCUAUAGGCGGUUUGAUAAUUGCCAUCUUGGCAUCUUGACUAGACGCUUCCAAGAUCUCCUGCAGAUCGAUCUUUCUGAAGAUCAACCGUCGCCCCUUACCGUACUUCUUUCGGGGUCUAUGUCCUUGAUGAUCGGGGAGCGCUGUCGCUUCAGUCAGGAUCUUGCGCAAAUGGUCUGCGACCUACUAGCAGAAUCUAGUGUCUUACUUCACCCUUCGAUGCACAAAUUUAGUCAGCAAAAGCUAGAAGAAUUAGCUGCUCAGCUCGAUACGAGGGCGCUAUGUGAAGAUGCUGCCAAAGUAUUGCUUGCUUCAGAGUACGUUUCCUUCUCAGGUGAAAAGGAAAGGUUGUGCGAUGCACUACACCAAUCUUUGAAGUCAUUGGUUGAUGCCUUGGGGGGAUGCUCCAUUCUCUUCGCUCUUGUGCUCCUUGCUCUCCAAAGGCAAAUAGCUGUGGACUCAAUCCAUGCCGCAACUUCAUUUCUACAUCUUUUGAUGCUGCCCACGCAACCAGGCGAGUUCUCUAUCUCCUCCAUAGUUGUGGCCUUCCCAAUGGACAAUUUCAUCAAUAAUUCUCCUGGCAGUGGGCCAUCAAUAGCAACCUCAAAUGCCAUUGCCAUCGAUGGGCAGCUUAUAACACGCCGCACACAUAUUAAGAAAGACAGCCCAAUACACAAGCGAUUGUCCAAUUUCUUCAUUACUAUCAGAAAUAUGCUUUAUUGGGAAGACGCUCUUCUCACAGAGGUCCUUCUGUUCUGCAUAAACUUUUUGACGGCCAAUCUGCCAGAUAAUGCACCAGCACUUGCCGACGACUCUAAAGCCAGUGUCAUCGAAGACCUGGUUUCUGUUCUUUUAUCGUUUAUUCUUCUUAAUACCUACGGAUUGGCCGCAGCUAACAACACAGAUUCGACCGUCAAGAACUGCAUCUUUCUGGGAAAGUACCAAGUGUGCCAGUCCAAGCUUUUGAAUAGGUGCAUAGAUCUUAUGCGAACUAUGGACCUCUCCUCCUCUCAACUCUUGAGUUCCAAGGUCAGCACAGACACCGUCCAGAGGAUGAUUCCCAGCCAGAACAUGGACAGGAUUGGUGCAAGUAUACCCCUGCAGUUGGAGUACAUAAAUACAUAUCUCGGCAGGGUGAUGUCUCGUUCCCCAGUCUCAGUGAGGCCUUUACUUUUGUUUACAGGUGAGCUCAAUGCGCACAUUCACAGUCUUUAUUCAUGGAAAGAUAUUUCUAUACCAAGCGAAGACUCGAUCUCUACAGUACGGUCGAUUAACCUGUCGGAGUAUCAAUGCUUUGUUGAGACAGUUCUGAACCUCGUGCCCCAUCCGCUUGUUCAGCAUACGAGAAACUUUCUUUCCACUGCACUGACCCUUGUAACAAAUAUUACUGCACAGACCCUGUCCAAUGGAUCUGCUCCUCUUCAAGAUGUGAUCAAUGUGGCCGGUUAUCCAAUACUUAUCAAUUCAUCAGCUCUGUUGGGCUCGGAAGGCUCUCUAGAUCAUCUCAUAUUCAUCCCUUACAUUCAUGUGUUGUUGUUUCUACACAACGGUACCAUGGAUUCGCAUCAAAAUGUCUAUACCAUCCUACUCUUUUCAUAUCUCUGUAGAGCUGGUUUUUCUCUCAGUGAUAUCUAUGGGUACUCUCCGAGCAGCCUCUUCUCUGGCGGCCACAUAUCGUCUGCAAUAGCCACUCAAUUACAGACACUUGAGCCUGCAGCAGAUAAUCCAGAUAUUCUAUGCCUUAUCAGCUCAAUCUACCCAUUUUUGCAUGCUGCACUGGACAAGGCUGUCUCAGACCCCAUUUUGUUCUGUACGCUAAACUCCAUUGAUUGCGCCAAGGUUAGCACCAAAAUUCUCGCAAAAGUAGGGACGAGUGAGACAAAGAAGGAAGCAAUGGAUUAUAUAGGUGACGUAACUGAUGCUAUUAACCGCUACGCCAUAGACAAGGCAGAGAUCUGCCCGGUGCUGUUUGGCGACAUCUUCCUAGAACUGUUAUUGGAGCCAUGUGCCACGUACGAGGCCGUGAUUUUCAAAGGACAUGAAGCCGAGCUUCAUUCCUUCGCCCCCUCCAAAUCUGACGCGAAUGUCUCAUUUGCAGAGCUAACUAUGUUCAACUUUGAAGAGCCGGAGCGGCUUGUCAGGCCUGAAAAGGUGGAUUACAAGCCAAACACUAACUUUGAAAAAGAGUAUAAUGAUCUACAAUACCAGACAGCCAACCUCUCGAAGAAGUUGCCCAACAGGCUUUAUGGAUACAUUCAGCGCACUGUCGUGCCGGCCCCGUACAGGAACCUGACUUAUCUCGCUCUUCGCAUGGCUCCUGGGUCUCUACAUCUGGCGCCAGAAAGGGCCAUAGUCACCGUUAAGCAGUUGGUAGAAGCGGGAGUGACGCCGCAGAGCAUAACCGAUGCGACCCUUCCUCUGCUCCCCUUGCUGCUCCUUCGUGUCACAGGGGCAGAUGCUGCUCGGCCAAGCGGCCCCAUUUCUCAUCUUUUCUCCGAGCGGUACACGCCGGGCAUACAGCUCUUCUCGUUGCUGUUCAUUAUGCACGGCUAUGAGCGAUUUUUCGGCAUCAGCAAAGACAUCCUGUCGACACUUCUCACAUUUCUGGACGAGCAUAGAAUGGAGAAGCAUGCAGACACGCGCAUCGUGCCCCUGGGAUUUGUCCCCAGCAAGAUACAGGCAUUUAGAUACAAGUUUAUCGACUAUUGCAGGUACUUUCAACGUGCAGUGGAGCACAUUAGAGAGGUUGAUGUAGAAUUGACGUUUGCAGAGCGACUCCGUGCUCUUCGCUACAUGGGUUUCCUCUCGUCGACGUUCUUGGCUUACGUCUUUGUGGCGAUGCCUGAGGAAAAGUUUGACCGUAUUCUAGCCAACGAGAUUUAUGGAGGCAAUCCUCUCAGGUUGCUGCGCAAAAUGGCCAAUCGGGAGUUCCGUCUAGCAUAUGAAACAAACCAGGAUGAGCUUCUCUUGCGGAUAAUGCACCGUAACCAUUCGAUUCUCGUGAAGUACUGCUACCUGGACAUUGAUGGAUUACGUGCACUAAGCAUAUGCUUAGACUACCAUGUCGCGUUUACAGAAUGCAGCAGAGUGCGAGGCAACCUAUGGAAGCUGAAUGACCUAGUAGAGCAGGAGCACGAGAUCAUCAUUUGA